AUGGAUAUCGUUCUCGAAUUCUGGGACACCUUUGUUGGUGAUCGUCUCUACUCGACUCUCCUCCCCGCUUCGCUCUCCGCGUCCGCCUCCUUUCCGGCCUUCGUGAAUGCCGCCAAUAGUUCUCUGGCCCUCUUCGGUGCCACUGAACCCUUUGUCUACGAGCCUGCAACUCAGCUGAUUCAUCUGGAACCCUCCCAAUAUGCCUAUCUCAGUGCCUGGCCGAGAAACAACAUCUAUAGGCAAUUCACCAGCUUUUUCCUGAUAACUUGGAUUUUCGGUCUGCUCGUCUAUUUCGUCAUGGCCACUCUAUCGUACGUCUUCAUCUGGGACAAGACGACUUACAACCAUCCCAAGUUCCUCAAGAACCAGAUUUCCAUGGAAAUGAAGCAGGCCAUGGGCGCCAUGCCCCCGAUGGCUCUUUUGACCGCGCCUUUCUUCGUGCUGGAGGUUCGAGGCUAUGCCAAGCUGUACGAUGCCGUCGCCGAUGAGCCCUUCAAGUACUACAGCAUCCUGCAAUUCCCUCUCUUCAUCCUCUUCACCGAUUUCUUCAUCUACUGGAUCCACCGCGGGCUGCACCACCCCCGCGUCUACAAGACUCUGCACAAGCCGCACCACAAGUGGAUCAUGCCGAGUCCCUUCGCCUCUCACGCCUUCCACCCCUUGGACGGCUGGUCCCAGAGUGUGCCGUAUCACGUCUUCCCCUUCAUCUUCCCCCUGCAGAAGCUGGCCUACGUCUUCCUGUUCGGCUUCAUCAACCUCUGGACCGUCUUCAUCCAUGAUGGUGAGUACGUGGCCAACAGCCCCGUCGUCAAUGGCGCCGCUUGCCACACCAUGCACCACCUGUACUUCAACUACAACUACGGGCAGUUCACUACGCUGUGGGACCGCAUGGGCGGAAGCUACCGCAAGCCUAAUGAAGAGCUCUUUCGCCGGGAAACCAAGAUGGGUGAGAAGGAAUGGUCUCGUCAGGCCAAGGAGAUGGAGGAAAUCCUCAAGACCGUGGAGGGUGACGAUGACCGCAGCUAUAUGACUGCAGCAGAGAAGAAGAACUCAUGA